UCUGGCAGCCUGCUUGGCCGCGUCAAUGCCCUCUCACUGGUCUACCUGCUGUUCCUGCUGCUGCUGCCCUGGUUCGAGGGCCCCACCCCUCGCAGCCUCCGAGGUCACACUGGCCGCCUCCUCCGGGCCCUGCUGUGCACCAGCCUCCUCUUCCUGGCUGCCCACCUGGCCUUCCAGAUCUGCCUGCACACGGUGCCUGGCCUGGACGAGCAGCUGGGUCCUGGCUGCAGCCGCUGGGAGACCAUCUCCCGACAUGUCGGGGUGACGAGGCUGGACCUGAAGGACAUUCCCAAUGCCGUGCGUCUGGUGGCCCCUGACCUGGGCAUCCUGAUGGCCUCCUCUGUCUGCCUUGGCCUCUGUGGGCGGCUCUCCCGGAAAGCCCAGCGGACACCACCUACCCAGGAGCUGGACGAUGACCAGAGGGCAGCGGACCCCGACUCCCCAGUGGGUCCGAGGGAGGCCCUGGCACAGGCCCCCAAGAAAAGGUCACGACUGGCAGCCCGCUUCCGGGACACUGCCCACUGGUUGCUGGUGGCUGCAGGACGGGCCUUGGUCAUCACGCUGCUGGCACUGGCAGGCAUUGCUCACCCCUCGGCCCUGUCCAGCGUCUACCUGCUGGCCUUCCUGGCCCUGUGCACCUGGUGGGCCUGUCACCUGCCCAUCAGCACCCGUGGGUUCAGCGCCCUGUGUGCCGUGAUGGGCUGCUUCAAUGCCUGCCACCUUCUCUGCCUCUACUGCUACCAGACGCCCUACGCCUGGGAGCUGUUCCCACCCCCCAGCAUCUGGGCCCGUGUGCUGGGGCUCAAGGACUUGGUGCGGGCCCCCAACUGCUCUAGCCCCAACACGCUGGAGCUGCACACGGGCCACGACUGGCCAGUCUACGUGAGCCCCGGGCUGCUGCUGCUGCUGUAUGGCACCCUCACUGCUGUGUUCAGGCUGCGCCAGCACCCCAGGCCCGCCCAGAGAAAGGAGCCCGCCAGCGACAACGAGGAACUCGAGGUGGAGCUCACUGAGGUGGACAGAUGGCCCCAGGGCCAGGUGGGGGCUGCCACCAAGGAGGAGGUGGCCCAACACAUGAUGCCCCCCAGCCCCGAGCUGGACAUUGAGGACUGCAUUGUGCAUGACCUGACGGCCCAGAGCCCCAUCCGGCAGCGGCCCUUUCGCCACAGACUGGCCGAGCACAGAGAGUUGUCGCCCCUGCAUGGCCUGGGCCACCUCAUCAUGGACCAGAGUUACGUGUGUGCCCUCAUCGCCAUGAUGGUGUGGAGCAUCACCUACCACAGCUGGCUGACUUUCGUGCUCUUGCUCUGGGCCUGCCUCAUCUGGACGGUGCGCAGCCGCCACCAGCUGGCCAUGCUGUGCGCACCCUUCCUGCUGCUCUAUGGACUGGCGCUGUGUGGCCUGUGCUACGUCUGGGCCAUGGACCUGCGGUUGGAGUUGCCCACCAAGCUGGGCCCCGUCAGCCUGCGCCAGCUGGGCCUACAGCACACCCGCUACCCCUGCCUGGACCUGGGCGCCAUGCUGCUCUACCUGCUGACCUUCUGGCUCCUGCUGCGGCAGUUUGUGAAGGAGAAGCUGCUGAAGAGGGCGCGGCCCCCGGCUUCACUGACCGAGGUCACCGUCGCCCCGUCAGCGCCCGGGCAGACGCGCACGCUGCUGCGGAGCCUGGGGGAGCUGGUCUCGGGCGUGUACGCCAAGUACUGGAUCUACGUGUGCGCCGGCAUGUUCAUCGUGGUCAGCUUCGCCGGCCGCCUCGUCGUGUACAAGAUCGUCUACAUGUUCCUCUUCCUGCUGUGCCUCACCCUCUUCCAGGUCUACUACAGCCUGUGGCGGAAGCUGCUCAAGGUGUUCUGGUGGCUCGUGGUGGCCUACACCAUGCUGGUGCUCAUCGCCGUCUACACCUUCCAGUUCCAGGACUUCCCCGCCUACUGGCACAACCUGACCGGUUUCACGGACGAGCAACUGGGCGACCUGGGCCUGGAGCAGUUCAGCGUGUCGGAGCUCUUCUCCAGCAUCCUCAUCCCCGGCUUCUUCCUGCUGGCCUGCAUCCUGCAGCUGCACUACUUCCACCAGCCCUUCAUGCGCCUCACCGCCCUGGAGCCCCUGCCUGCAGCCCGCAGGCAGGACCUGGGGAGUGGGGCCCCACUGCUGCAGCAAGAAGCUGCAGCCCACGGGAAUGAGCAGCUGCCUGCUGGUGCCCAGCAGGCCAAGCGGGGGCCCGAAGCCUCAGCCAACAAGUGGGGCCUGGUGGCGGAGCGGCUGCUGGAGCUGGGGGCUCGCUUCUCUGCCGUGCGGGAGCGCGUGCAGGUGUUUGUGCGGCGCCUGCUGGAGCUGCACAUCUUCAAGCUGGUGGCCCUGUACACCAUCUGGGUGGCCCUGAAGGAGGUGUCCGUGAUGAACUUUCUGCUGGUGGUGCUCUGGGCCUUUGCCCUGCCCUACCCCCGCUUCCGGCCCAUGGCCUCCUGCCUGUCCACGAUCUGGAGCUGCAUCAUCAUCGUGUGCAAGAUGCUCUACCAGCUCACCAUUGUCGACCCCCACGAGUACGCCAGCAACUGCACCCAGCCCCCCCUCAAUAGCACCAACCUGCUGAAGACCGAGGUGAACCAGUCCUUGCUGUACAAAGGGCCAGUCGAUCCCGCCAACUGGUUUGGGGUUCGGAAGGGCUUCCCCAACCUGGGGUACAUCCAGAACCACCUGCAGGUCCUGCUGCUGCUAGUGUUUGAGUCCAUUGUGCACCGGCGCCAGGAGCACUACCGCCGCCAUGCCCAGCGCACCCCGCUACCCGCCCAGGCCGUCUGCGCCGGCGGCACCCGCCAGCUGCUUGACCGAGACCUGCUCAGCUGCCUCAAGUACUUCGUCAACUUCUUCUUCUACAAAUUUGGUCUGGAGAUCUGCUUCCUGAUGGCGGUGAACGUCAUCGGGCAACGCAUGAACUUCAUGGUCAUCCUGCACGGCUGCUGGCUGGUGGCCCUGCUCACUCGCCGCCGCCGCCAGGCCAUCGCCCACCUCUGGCCCAACUACUGCCUGUUCCUCACCCUCUUCCUGCUCUACCAGUACCUGCUCUGCCUUGGCAUCCCGCCCGCCCUGUGCCUGGACUAUCCGUGGCGCUGGAGCCGGGCUAUCCCCAUGAACUCGGCACUCAUCAAGUGGCUGUACCUGCCGGACUUCUUCAGGACACCCAACUCCACCAACCUUAUCAAUGACGUGCUCCUGCUGCUCUGCGCCUCCCAGCAGUGGCAGGUGUUUGUGGCCGAGCGCUCCGAGGAGUGGCAGCACAUGGCCGGCGCCAACACUGACAGCCUGGAGUCCCUGCAGGCCGUGCCCAACCCUGUGCCCAACUUCAUCCACUGCAGGUCCUACCUGGACAUGGCGAAGGUGGCUGUCUUCCGGUACCUGUUCUGGCUGGUGCUGGUGGUGGUGUUUGUCACCGGGGCCUCCCGAAUCAGCGUCUUCGGCCUGGGCUACCUGCUGGCGUGCUUCUACCUGCUGCUCUUUGGCACGGCACUGCUGCUCAAGGACAUGGCCACCCGCCUGCUGCUGUGGGACUGCCUGAUCCUCUACAACGUCACUGUCAUCGUCUCCAAGAACAUGCUUUCUCUCUUGUCCUGCGUGUUCGUGGAGCAGAUGCAAAGCAGCUUCUGCUGGGUCAUCCAGCUCUUCAGCCUCGUGUGCACCGUCAAGGGCUACUACGACCCUAAGGCGAUGGCCAGCAAGGACCAGGACUGCCUGCUGCCCGUGGAGGAGGCGGGCAUCAUGUGGGAUGGCGUCUGCUUCCUCUUCCUGCUGCUGCAGCGGCGCGUCUUCCUCAGCAGCUACUUUCUGCACGUGGCCGCCAACCUCCAGGCCACCGCCCUGCAGGCCUCCAGGGGCUUCGCCCUGUACCAUGCGGCCAGCCUCAAGAGCAUUGCCACCCACCGCAGGGCGGAGGAGAAGUCCCUGGCCCAGCUGAAACGACAGAUGGAGCGUAUCCGUGCCAAGCAGGAGAAGCACCGGCAGGGCCGAGUGGGCCCUGAGGACCUGGGGGACCCAGGGCCCGGCAGUCCAGGGGGCAUCUCUCCGCCACGGAGACAGUGGUGGCGGCCCUGGCUGGACCAUGCCACAGUGAUCCACUCGGGGGAUUACUUCCUGUUCGAGUCAGACAGUGAGGAGGAGGAGGAGGAGGCCCAGUCCGAGGAGGCCCGGCCGUCAGCACAGAGUGCCUUCCAGAUGGCAUACCAGGCAUGGGUGACCAAUGCCCAGACUGUCCUGCGGCAGCGGCAACAGGAGCAGACACAGGCACAGGCACGGCAGGUGCCCAGGGGAGGUAGCCCCAGCCAGGAGGUGGAGCAAGCUGAGGGCCUGGAGGACGAGGCCGCAGGCCGCAGCCACGUGAUGCAGCGGGUGGUGAGCACGGUGCAGUUCCUGUGGGUGCUGGGCCAGGCUCUGGUGGACGGGCUGACGCGCUGGCUACAGGACUUCACUCGGCACCACCGUACCAUGAGUGACGUGCUGCGGGCUGAAUGCUACAUCCUCACGCAGGAGCUGCUGCGGGGCGGAGAGGUGCACCGGGGAGUCCUGGACCAGCUGUACACCAGUGAGGAGGAAGAGGAGGAGGAGGAGGAGCUGCCCAGCCCCACUGGCCCCAGCACAGCAUCAAGUGGACUCGGGGCUGAGGAGCCACUGAGCAGCGCCCCUGAGGACACCAGCAGCCCCCUGACCACAGGCUACAGCAGCCGCUGCAGCAGCCAGGAGGGAGUGGCCGCCCCUGCCAGCCCUGAGGUCCCGCCCUCCCGCUGGGGCUCUCGGGAGCUUCUGGCCGGCAGGCGUUCUCGGAGGCGCACAGCCAGCGAGCUGCUGUUCAACAGGCGACUGCGCAUCCCGGAGCUGGAGGAGGCGGAGCGGUUCGCGGCGGGGCGCGGCCGGGCGCUGCGGCUGCUGCUGGCCGGGUACGAGUGCGUGGCCGCCCACUCGGAGCUGCUCUGCUACUUCGUCAUCGUCCUCAACCACAUGGUCACCGCCUCGGCCGCCUCCCUGGUGUUGCCCGUGCUGGUCUUCCUGUGGGCCAUGCUGUCCAUCCCCAGGCCCAGCAAGCGCUUCUGGAUGACCGCCAUCGUCUUCACCGAGGUCACUGUGGUCACCAAGUACCUCUUCCAGUUCGGCUUCUUCCCCUGGAACAGCUACGCGGUGCUGCGGCGGCACGAGAACAAGCCCUACUUCCCGCCGCGCAUCCUGGGCCUGGAGAAGAGCGACGGCUUCCUGCACUACGACCUGGUGCAGCUCGUGGCGCUCUUCUUCCACCGCUCGCAGCUGCUGUGCUACGGCCUCUGGGACCACGAGGAGGACUCGCUGCCCAAGGAGCCGGACCCCAGCGGAGAGAAGGAGACAGCUGCUGGGGAGGAGCCGCCUGCCCAGUUAGAGCCAGAGCUGGCAGGAGCCCCUCUGGAGGAUGAUGCCCAGCUUGAAGCCAGGGCUCCAUCUGAAGAGGGGGCCCCGGAGCCCGAGGUGCAGCUCAAGACCCCCAGCCUGAGGCACAUCAGUCUACGCUUCCGGAGAAAGUGGGGGCGCCCAGCUGGCAGCCCCGUCCCCCCAGCCCAUCGAGCUGAGGCUGCAGACCAGGAGGAGGAAGCUGAAGCCAAGAUCCCUGAGAGAGCCAAGCGGCCGAACCCAUCACGGGAGAGGGUGAAGGCGGCCGGGCUGCGGCUGCAGGGCUUCUGCGUGUCCCUGGCCCAGAGUGUGUUCCAGCCCCUGCGCCGCUUCUUCCACGACAUCCUGCACACCAAGUACCGCGCAGCCACCGACGUGUACGUGCUCAUGUUCCUGGCCGACGUCGUGGACUUCAUCAUCAUCAUCUUCGGCUUCUGGGCCUUUGGGAAGCACUCAGCGGCCACGGACAUCACGUCCUCGCUGUCAGAUGACCAGGUACCCGAGGCCUUCCUGGUGAUGCUGCUGAUCCAGUUCAGCACCAUGGUAGUGGACCGUGCCCUCUACCUGCGCAAGACCGUGUUGGGCAAGCUGGCCUUCCAGGUGGUGCUGGUGCUGGCCAUCCACCUGUGGAUGUUCUUCAUCUUGCCCGCUGUCACAGAGAGGAUGUUCAGCCAGAACGCAGUGGCUCAGCUGUGGUACUUCGUGAAGUGCGUGUACUUCGCGCUGUCUGCCUACCAGAUCCGCUGCGGCUACCCCACCCGCAUCCUGGGCAAUUUCCUCACCAAGAAGUACAACCACCUCAACCUCUUCCUCUUCCAGGGGUUCCGGCUGGUACCCUUCCUGGUGGAGCUGCGGGCGGUGAUGGACUGGGUGUGGACAGACACCACGCUGUCCCUGUCUAACUGGAUGUGCGUGGAGGACAUCUAUGCCAACAUCUUCAUCAUCAAGUGCAGCCGAGAGACCGAGAAGAAGUACCCGCAGCCCAAGGGGCAGAAGAAGAAGAAGAUCGUCAAGUACGGCAUGGGCGGCCUCAUCAUCCUCUUCCUCAUCGCCAUCAUUUGGUUCCCGCUGCUCUUCAUGUCCCUGGUGCGCUCCGUGGUGGGCGUGGUCAACCAGCCCAUCGACGUCACCGUCACCCUCAAGCUGGGCGGCUACGAGCCCCUGUUCACCAUGAGCGCCCAGCAGCCGUCCAUCACGCCCUUCACCGCCCAGGCCUACGAGGAGCUAUCCAGGCAGUUUGACCCCAACCCUCUGGCCAUGCAGUUCAUCAGCCAGUACAGCCCCGAGGACAUCGUCACGGCCCAGAUCGAGGGCAGCUCUGGGGCGCUGUGGCGCAUCAGCCCGCCCAGCCGCACGCAGAUGAAGCGGGAGCUCUACAAUGGCACGGCAGACAUCACCUUGCGCCUCACCUGGAACUUCCAGAGGGACCUGGCCAAGGGCGGCACGGUGGAGUACACCAACGAGAAGCACACCCUGGACCUGGCUCCCAAUAGCACAGCGCGGCGGAAGCUGGCCAGCCUGCUGGAGGGCACCGUGGAACAGUCUGUGGUCAUCCCCAACCUUUUUCCCAAAUACAUUCGCGCCCCCAACGGGCCUGAAGCCAACCCGGUGAAGCAGCUACAGCCCAAUGAGGAGGCUGACUUCCUGGACGUGCGCAUCCAGCUGCGCAGGGAGCGCGUGGGUGCAGGGUCCGACGGCUUCCUCGAGUGGUGGGUCGUGCAGCUGCAGGACUGCCAGGCCGACUGCAACCUGCUGCCCAUGGUCAUCUUCAGCGACAAGGUCAGCCCGCCCAGCCUCGGCUUCCUGGCGGGCUAUGGGAUCAUGGGCCUAUACAUGUCCAUCGUGCUGGUCAUCGGCAAGUUCGUGCGCGGCUUCUUCAGUGAGAUCUCGCACUCCAUCAUGUUCGAGGAGCUGCCGUGCGUGGACCGCAUCCUCAAGCUCUGCCAGGACAUCUUCCUGGUGCGGGAGACCGGCGAGCUGGAGCUGGAGGAGGAGCUGUACGCCAAGCUCAUCUUCCUGUACCGCUCGCCCGAGACCAUGAUCAAGUGGACCCGCGAGCGUGACUAGGCGCCCCUGCCGCCGCCCGGACAGUGAAGGUGCGCUGCACCGCACCAAGGGACCCGGGGAGGGGGCUCCAGGGCCCCACGCCCUGCUGCUGCUGCUGCUGCUGCCACAGAAGGGAGGUCCACACCCACGCCCUUCCCCAUGCGUACUGUAGGUUUUUUAAUUAAAACAUCUUUAUUUAUACAAA